AUGGACACCCUGAUCGACGUCCUUUUUCCGCAACAGCUGAAAGGAGAGCCUGUGCACAUCAUCCUCUAUGGUAUCGGAGGCUUUAAAACCUGGAAUGUUGCAGAUAUCGAGGGCACCAUGGAAAAUUCCUACAUUUCUGAAGAAGCUAUAUUCACGCUUGUCGCAGCUCUCCAAAAGGGCUACCAAAGCUUUGAGUCUCAGCAGAUGCCUCGUCUUGUCGGAAUAGGCACCAUCUCAAUCAGCAGACAGAUCUACCGGUCGUGGAACCCUCUCGCAGCUAAGGUCAAGCCGCUUUAUGAGUGGUUCAUGGGGAAACGACGAGUGCAUUCGGAGGGGAUUCAAUGCAGCCCGACGGACCAGGACAGCGACUUGAGCGACACAAGUAGUGAGCGCACCGUUACACAACUUAACUACGAAGGAUCUCACGACAAAUAUUAUUGCAAUGAGAAAAAUGAUUCAGACAGCGUCGAUGGCUCCAACAGUAGUAGUGACGAACAAACCAGUACGGACGGGACCGAUGCAGAGUCCAUGUCGAGUAUGGCAGCGAGGUGUCCCCAUGCCGACAAAUCGUUCAUGGAGAAGGCCAUAUGGCAAGACUAUCAUUCCUUCAGCUCUUGCCUGGUCGUGAGGCCGACCCUUCUCACAUAUGAUCAACCUUACGGACUCUAG